AUGACUUCGGCAGCAGAGACAACCCCGUUACUCCCCCAAUACCAACAGCCAGCAUCCUCCAAUACGUCACAGCAACGAGGAAGCCGUCCGCCGCGGACAGUGACCUUUAACCCACUGGCCACAGUCAGUACAUACCAUGAUGCUACUGCCACUGUAGAUCCCACUUAUAAGCCAUUGAGCUCUGGUGCAUCGUCUGUUCCCAACGCACCGUCGAACCAAUCGAGACCGACCGGACUUUCUGCCCUGAACAGCAAGCUCCGUCGCCGCAAUAGCCAUGGAGCUCCCUACAGCACGGCAGUGCCUUCGAUGCCACCAGCACCCAAGGUCGGACCCCAGCGAACGACGAAGAAUGCACAGAAAUUAAAACUGCUUCCGGAUCCUGUGACAGCUGCCGAAGAGAACGUUACGGACGACGACUUCCCGCGAGAUGUGUAUUCGCAAAUCACUCGGAUCAAAGAACCGACUGCCAGAAGUCACGCUGCAAGAUUGGGGAAAGCAGACAGGGAUAGACUUCCACGAGUAACGGCAUACUGUACAGCCAAUUCGUACAGACUCGAAGGCGUCAUCAAGUUUCUCAAAGCACGAUCAAAGACCCGCGGAGCCAACCCGAAGCUAUAUGACGAAUGCGUUUACUCUCCCUACGAUUACUUAUAUGAGGAUAAACAAAGGGCGCCUAGGAAUUUGUCGGACAAUGCGCUGGGGCUACAUCCUAUCUCGUCGAGUCCCGAUCGGCCGUCUGGCGAGCGCAGGUAUUCGGACAGUGCGGUUGAAGUUGAAGACAAUGCAAAAUCACGCAGAGAAGACCUCAUUGACCUGCGAGAAUCGCAAGACCAAUCGCACCAUGACUCUCAUACCGAGAGCUCUGUAGCAGUGCAGCGGACAGAUGAGACGCCAGACUUUGAUACUACCAUCCACACCCCUGAGGUCUUCCUUUUCGAUUACGGGACAGUUGUCAUAUGGGGCAUGUCACCCGCUCAAGAAUCACGAUUCCUAUCCGACGUUUCGAAAUUUGCAAACUCAAUCCUGAGCCCUGAAGAUACGCAGGUUGAGAAUUUCAACUUCUACUAUGCUCGCGAGUACCAGGCACGGAUAUACAACGACUUUAUCUCGCUCCGUGAUCCUCGAAACCACAUGAUCAAACUUGCCAUCUCACAUGCAUUGUCUCAAUCAGUCAAAACAUCUCUCUUCGAGGAUCUCGUCUCGGAGACCAUCUCGAAUACCGCACCACUACCCGCUCAAAUUGCCCAAACCGGCAGUGUCAACAUGACGCGGAGACAAAUCAACAUGCAGAUUGGAGAACUGUUCAUCUUACGGAUCAACAUUCAUUUACAAGGCUCCGUCCUCGACAGUCCGGAACUGAUGUGGGCAGAACCGCAGCUGGAGCCGGUCUACCAGGCUGUCCGAAGCUAUCUCGAGAUGGACCAACGAGUCAGUCUUCUCACAGAGCGACUGGACGUCAUUGCGGAUCUUCUGGCCGUCCUGAAGGAUCAGUUGACUCACCGCCACGGUGAGUAUCUUGAAUGGAUCGUCAUCAUCUUGAUCGCGGCGGAAAUCCUAGUUGCAGCCAUUAAUAUCGUGGUCGACUUGUACGCAGGAGUUGAUUAG